AAGCAAUGAAAAAUGAAUGAAACAGCAAAGAAAAAGCAUAUCAGGGAACCACCUUCAGUUCCUUUCAUAUGGGAAGUGAAGCCAGGCAUUCCUAAGAAAUAUUGGAAGCCAGAAACUGAGGUUUCUUCAGUUAGCCACUUCCCUCAAACUCCUCUGAAGCUAAUUGCCUCAGUUCCAUUUGUUUGGGAAGAAAAACCAGGAAAACCCCUUCCUAAUUUCUCAGAUGUAUCACUUGAUCCUGUGCUUCCGAAACCCGAGAAAAUCCUCAUUCAUGUAGCAUCAUCUUCAGGUUUUUCUGUUGCAUGCAACUUUGGUCACGAUGGCAAAGGCAAAGGAACCUGCAAUUAUGACAGUGAAAGCAUAACUAGCUUAGACCUUGAAGCUUUUACAUUUGAUGCAGACGAGUCAUUUGCAAACUGUGUUGUGCCAUCGGAAAAAGUUUCCACCGCCAUUCCACCGGCCGAAACACCUUCCUCUCCGGCCUCCUCGGAGACAGAUAGUAGCAUAAGCAGCUAUGCAACUGGCAGGUCAAGUCCAAUCGGUGCUACUUUCCUUGAGAGCCUUUUUCCUCUGUAUGCACCUCAGUUUAGUUUCCUUGCAAGGGAUGAGAACAAGGAAAAAGAAACUUCAAGAACACAAGAAGUAGGAAUCAAAGAUUUUGAUGAUGAAGAUGUUGGCAGUGACAUGAUAAGGAGGCCACCAACACUCGGAGAGCUAAUUAUGAUGAGCCGGAGAAGCAGCUGCAGAAGAAAAGCGGUUCAAAUGAAAAAAUGGGAUCAACCGAAGAAAAUGACGAGACAACAAGCUUUUGGAUGUUUCCCGAUUGUGACUAAUGGCAAAAUGAUGGAGGGGCUGCUGAAGAGAAAGUACUUUCCCAGACUUAAACUGAUAUAGACAGAAUAAAUUAUGCAGAAGGAAAUAUGAAGAAGAGUGCCAAAAGACUGCUCCAGAACAAAAUGCACAUCUGCUAAUUGAUUUUGAAUCAGACUCUUUUCAUUUACCAUGUCAAGUCUCUUGCAAUUUAUGAUUUUGUAUGUUAAGAAUGUGGAAAGUGGAUUGUGGAAGAAUAUUGUUUUGCACUGUGUA